AUGAAGUGUCAUAGCCGCCAGUGUGGGGCCAUGGUCCGAACAGCCGCAGAGAUUCAAGACUGGGUGAUCCGGGAGAACUUGUCUGGCCGGAUCUCUGCAAAAGCGAUCGAGCUGGUAACAGCCGGCGGGUUGGAGGCUCUUACGGACGAGUGGCUGAAGCAGCAUGGCGUCGUGAUGCUUACAGCACGCUCCCGGGCCCUCGUGGCGGCCCGGGUCUCCCUCGACUCGGGAACAAAGGCUUGCAGAUUUGGCCGGACAGAGGUGAUUCACUUCGAGGUGGAAGAGCCAGCGCCGUCACCCUGCAGCCGAGGUAGCGACCACGGUCGUGAGGCCUUUGCCUUUCGACAGGCCCAGCAGAAAACAAAGAAUGACGAUGUGGAAAGGGAGGAGGAGGAGACGGACGAAGACCAAGCGGACUCAGAUGACAAUGCGACCUUCUUCUACCAGCCACCUCUUCGUGGGCAAGCCAGCGGGACAGCGAAGCUCAAGACGCUCCGCAGCGAUGAGACCGUGCCUGCAGCCCCGAUUGCAGACCACCUCACUCCAUCGCCUUGCGUUUGCGCCCGAAGUGCGCGAUGCAGCUGA